GUUGUGGAAAGCUCACGAGCAAUGGUGGUGGGACAAAACACAGUAAACGGAAGGUAUUGUGAAUCUGAAUUCACGUCCGGAUUUCACGAAGUCGGCGGUGACAUCGCUGGAUUUCAACCAAGGCUAGAACUGUCACUUUCACUAGAGCAUACGUUUGGCUUCUUGAUCUGUGAUAGGCCGGUAUUGCUGUUGGGAAGAUCCGCUGGUAUGAGCUAACAUGGAAACCAAACCAUUCCUUUCUUUUGGCUUCCUCAAGAGCCAGUGCUCGGUAGCCCCACCUCCUCAGCGAUGGUGCCCGGGGGAGACAGGCGGCUCGCCCACAGCAUGCUUGUGCUUCACAGGCAUUUGCCCACUUCACCAGCACAGGAGACCCACAGAUCCCUCCGGUCAGCUGUCCUCACCAUCGCUCCGCUCAAACCACGCCCAUAGGGGAAUGGGUGCUCACCGAUUGCACCCAUCUCUGCUCAUCCCAUCGUCUGUGAGCUCCUCAGGACCUCCACACUCACCCAUCUGCACCCUGAGCUCGCCCAUCACCAGCUUGGCUUUGCCCUUUUCUGUCAGCAGCCGUCCAGCGGGACACCACUCUACCUCCUCCAGCAUGGGCUUCAGCCCGCAGCUCAGCUUCCCAGUGAUCCCCAGUAGCAGCAUCAUUAUCAGCACAGAGGACAUCAAACCCCCACUGGGCCAAAACAGAGUGCUAAAGGUUCCUGCUCAGCCCACAUGCACCUGUCUCUCCUUUAACAAACACAUCUGUGCCAUCUGUGGAGACCGCGCCUCAGGUAAACACUAUGGAGUAUAUAGCUGUGAAGGUUGCAAGGGCUUCUUCAAGAGAACAGUGAGGAAAGAGCUGACGUAUACCUGUCGAGACAACAAGGACUGUCUGAUUGACAAGCGCCAACGCAACCGAUGUCAGUACUGCCGCUACCAGAAGUGUCUGGCCAUGGGCAUGAAGAGAGAAGCUGUGCAGGACGAGCGCCAGAGAGCCAAGGAGAGGCGCGAGAGUGAGGCGGACUCGUUAGGUUGUGCUAAUGAAGACAUGCCUGUGGAGAGGAUAGAGGAGGCGGAGCUCGCUGUGGAGCUAAAGACCAAGACAUGCAUCAAGGGGAGCCUGGGCGUGCCCACCAACUCACCCAACGACCCUGUGACCAAUAUAUGCCAGGCAACAGACAAGCAGCUCUUUAACUUGGUGGAGUGGGCCAAGAUGAUCCCCCACUUCUCAGAGCUGGUCCUGGACGACCAGGUCAUCCUCCUAAGAGCAGGGUGGAAUGAGCUCCUCAUAGCUUCUUUCUCCCAUCGCUCCAUCACUGUGAACGACAGCAUUCUGCUGGCAAACGGACUCCAACUGCACCGCAACAGCGCCCACAGUGCAGGGGUGGGGUCCAUCUUUGACAGAGUGCUGACUGAGCUUGUGUCGAAAAUGCGAGACAUGCAGAUGGACAAGUCUGAGUUAGGGUGCCUUCGAGCCAUCGUUCUCUUCAACCCAGACUCAAAAGGCUUGUCAAACCCAGGGGAGGUUGAGGCUCUCAGAGAAGGGGUGUAUGCUUCACUGGAGGCAUACUGUAAAUACAAAUACCCCGGCCAACCAGGAAGAUUUGCCAAACUGUUACUUCGAUUGCCAGCCCUACGUUCCAUUGGCCUCAGGUUUCUGGAGCACCGGUUCUUCUUCAAACUGAUAGGGGAUACACCCGUUGACACAUUCCUCACGGAAAUGUUGGAAGCUCCACGCCAAAUGACGAAACAGCACUGCAGUUGAAGACGGUCUGUCCAAUACUUGCAUCAAAACGGAGAGAACUGGUAAUUUGCCUGAUUGACAGACUGUAAGUUUGAACACAAGAACUAGUGGACAGCAAACCUAUGGCUUUGUUUAAUGUACAGUAUAUGUAUUUAUCAUAGUUUUGUGUCAAAGUGAAAUGUCUUGAAGGGCCAGAGUCUGCAACAACCCAAAGCAUGAGACCUUUUUCACAAUGAAUGAUAAUGUCUUCUCGCUUCAGAUUCAACAUUGAACAUUGUCAUUACAGAUCAAGACUCCGUGCCACAAACCAGCGACCUCAUCAUCCUCCUGCCUUAGACAGGUCUACUACCUCUUGUAGUCAUUCUCAUAUUCUGUGAUAAUAACAACAUGGUCCGGCCAAAAUCGUUGUCUAGGAUGAUCUCCUGUUAUACAUGUAACCCCCACCUCAGGCUCUCGUAGUUGGUCUUCUCCUCCUUAAUGAAAAUGUUCUCAUGUGACUAUAUAUGGCAGACGAGCGUAAUGCAUAUUUAACUGGAACCCCUUGACAGGGAUAAUGGUUCAGGUAACUUCAGCUCAAGACCAAGGGUAGUUUUUCUACUCCCAGCGCUUAACUUUGUCAAGCAGAGAAUGGCUCCAGUCAGGAGCUCACUGUGAGGACAGAGGAGGCUGAUAGGAGGAGCUAUAGGGGGACGGGCUCAUUGUAAUGGCUGGAAUGGAAUAAAUGGAACGGUAUCAAACACAUCAACCUUAUGGAAACCUCACGUUUGACUCCGUUCCAUUUAUUUCAUUCUAUUACAAUGAGCCCAUCCUCCUAUAGCUCAUCUCACCAUCCUCCACUGUAUGACUAGCAUGCAACUGUAGUGGGGAGGAUCAAUAAGGUUUUCUCUAAUGAUAAUUCACAUAUCAACAUGGGGUGCUCAUUUCUGUAUUGCUAUGGGGUUUUUAUGCUGCUGCUGUUUGCUUUGUGUUGGUAUGUCCAAAGAGGAGCAGUGGUAAACAUCUUCCAAUGUAUAGAAUGAUGCGUCGGUGUGUAGGUCAGUGUUUCCCAACACCAGUCCACGAGUACCCCCAACAGCAAACAUUUUUGUUGUAGGCCCAGACAAACUCACCUGAUUCAACUCAUUGAUGGCCUGAUGAUUAGUUGACAAGUAGGUGUGCUUGUUUGGGGCAACAAGAGGGUUUACUGGUGGGGGUACUGGAGGAAUGGAGUAGGGAACCCCUGGUGUAGGGGACUGUCUGUAAGUGACUCUCUGUAGUAUCUGAUAAAUAUAAUGCACACAUAAGGUCUCUGACGCCAACUGGUGCAUCACACAAAAGUAAUGCAACUGUCCAAGUACAUUAGGACAUGAGAAGAGAGCAGUGUUGUAAUUACUCAUUGCUACAAUGUGUUACAAUGUUACUUACAGCAGUAAUCCUAUCCAUAACUCCUAAACCUAACCAAUCCUAUCGUACGUUAUUCAAGUGUAAUAUUGGGUAAGUGCAAUACAUGUUACACUGUAAUACCGGGAAUAAUUAGACUGUGAUAAGGGCACUGUAAUUUAAAUUCUAACCCACAUUUCCCAGACCACGCAUAACAGAAGACAUGCAAGAGAAUAAUGAUUGAGGAGAUCAAAAGAUGGCAGAGAAUUUUAAAGAAUUGUUUCAGUCAGAAGUACAAUAUUCAGGUUGAGCAGCCAGGAAUAUUUUUGGAACCUCAUAUGUAUUUUAAUUGUAUUUAUUUGAACUUUUAUUUGAUCAGGGAGUCACGCUGAGACCAAGAGCCCUGAAUAACAGAAAUGACAGAAAUUCAAGCAGAAAGAAAAUACAGUUAUAACAAACAGUUCAUUUAGAAAUGAAAUAACCACCAAUCAAUGAACAAUAGCAGCAAACAUAGCCUGCAUCUCGUUCAACCCCCCUUUUUUAAGCAGAUCUAUUAGUUCGUAUUUUAGCGGCAUCAUUGCUUACUGAGCCACUCAGGACUAGUGUAUUCUAGGAUGAACAAUAAUCUUGUUUUUUGUUUUUCCUCAUUUAAAACAUGGCAACAUGUCGUUUAAAGGGGAAAUCUACAUUCAUCUUUGGUAUUUAAAAAUAAUUAUAUAUAGACAUUGAAUUUUGAAGAAUAUGGGUUAUAAAUGUCUCAUGAGCUACGUUCAACUGUCUUACUCCACCAAACUGUUGUUUACUGGGAAGUAAACCAAGAACAAAUGUAGUACACUGUCUUUAUUUGACGUGUUCUGUUUAGAGAGCAUGUUGUCUUACCUGAGCAGAAAACUCUCUGCAGCCCUGGCUCCAUUUACACAUGCUGCUCCAGGCCAGACCGUGCUCCAGGCCAGACCAUGCUCCAGGCCAGACCGUGCUCCAGGCCAGACCGUGCUCCAGGCCAGACCAUGCUCCAGGCCAGACCGUGCUCCAGGCCAGACCGUGCUCCAGGCCAGACCAUGCUCCGGGCCAGACCAUGCUCCAGGCCAGACCGUGCUCCAGGCCAGACCGUGCUCCAGGCUAGACCAUGCUCCAGGCCAGACCAUGCUCCAGGCCAAACCAUGCUCCAAGCCAGACCAUGCUCCAGGCUAGACCAUGCUCCAGGCUAGACCAUGCUCCGGGCCAGACCAUGCUCCAGGCCAGACCGUGCUCCAGGCCAGACCGUGCUCCAGGCUAGACCAUGCUCCAGGCCAGACCGUGCUCCAGGCCAGACCAUGCUCCAGGCCAGACCAUGCUCCAGGCCAGACCAUGCUCCAGGCCAGACCAUGCUCCAGGCCAGACCAUGCUCCAGGCCAGACCAUGCUCCAGGCUAGACCAUGCUCCAGGCCAGACCAUGCUCCAGGCCAGACCAUGCUCUAGGCCAGUUAUAGCUGAUGUCACAUUUUGCAAUGCACCCAUGCACCAAUUAAACCCAAUGAACCCAUGAUGUCGAUUCCCCAAUUAUGUAUAGUUUUAAAUCAUGUGUUUGCCAUGUCUUGUACAACUUGUUCGUUUUGAUAAUGUAAUACAAAUAUUAAUAGUGUUAGCUAUAAAGGUGGCAAGGUGUGUAUACACGAUUCUGAUGGCCUUCUCUGCUUGUGCAAAUAGGAAGUUUAUCAUCAGCUUGUACUUCACUGUUACUUAUUAAAGGCCUGGAAGCUUUUCAACAGUAAAACAUUUCUUAUGAUACUUAUUUAAACAGAGGACCCAAUCAUGUGUAGGGUACAGCCUCUGUCAGCACAGUGUCUAGGGUACACUGCUUAAAUAAGUAUCAUAAGAAAUGUUUUACUAUUGAAAAGCUAUAUGCCAACUAUCUGUAAUAUGCUACGCGCAUGUGUGAUGGGCAAUAUGUAGACUGUUAUGUUACAUGCAUACCUCUAGAGGGAGACAUUGCUUUUUUACAAAGUGGCAUUGACAAAACUUGUACAGGAGGAGCAUAGUGAAUUGGGGGAUAUCACAGUCAAGACAGCCAAAGACGUGGCACAUUUUUAAUAAGGCAUAUCCUGCUUUUCCGAAAGCUCAAAGCACUAAUAACUCUACCCCUAAUUAUUACUGAUUGAAUGUGACAUUAAUAUUUCAGCAAAACUCCUUAAAAAUGUUUUUGCUGAUCAUAAGUUACUGGUGUUGGCAGUCCAAUAAGCAGUUAUGCCAGUUCUGGUAGUCUGGAUUGAAUUUAGAGGUAAUGUUAAACAUGGCUCAGUCUCACUCAGGUUGAAGUGAUGUGUGUUGACAUGACUAAUCAUAUCCAUGGGAGUAUUUGUCUCCGUUGCCCAAAGAAAAAGGUGAUUAGUGGUAUUUUUAAGUUGAUAAGGCUGUUAUGAAAUGGUGAUUGGGGAAGAGGCAAAGCAUCUUUGCAGAACAAUGUUGUCAAAGAAACCUAACUGUGACUUUGGUCAGCUCACUUAAUAUGACUGAGAAUGUUUAGCCGGAGUACAUCUCAAAGUCAAGAAUUUUGUUUGAGAGGAUGACUAAAGACAUUUGCUCACAUUUCUAGUACAGUAGGUUGUGUAGUUCUUCUGUUUUAACCCUAACCACAACCAUACAGAGGAAAUACCGAAAUGUAACCCCUGAGGAUGUUGUGUCCUAGAAGUUAAGAGUUAGAGUUAAUUUCAUAAUUUUGGUGAGUGAAUGACAGCACUGACGUUGCCACAAUUUCGGACAAUUUGAAUGACGUUUGCAGCAGCUUCCUGAAACGAUGCAUAAGAAAGAUUGACAGGUUGUGUUGACAGGACGUUUUUCAAAAUGUCAACCUGGCCGGUCCUAUUUCUGGAGUUUAUGCUGGGCAUAUUGUCUCAUGCCUCAUCGGCCGCCAUCUCUCUGGUCUCGUUGAUGUCCUCAUAGAGAGUUGGGCUGCGAUGUCUCUUUGAAUUAAGAGGAGCUAUAGGGAGCCCCUAACUAAUGUGCCAGUCUUUGUCAAGUUUCCUCAGUCCUCACAGCUGUUUUCCCCCUCAGAGCUUCUUCACUAACAAAACAUCAUAGCCCAGGGUAAAGAGACGAAUGUCUGAUGUAUCUCUGCCGGGAUCCCCGGCUCUCUUGACAUCCAGUCCCUCCUACAAUUAUCUGCUAAUUGACAGGCCCUAUCAGCCUGCUGGUGGCCACAGCUGACAAGUGUGAGAAGGCUGAGGUGAGGUGGUGGGGAAAUGCCAGUCAUUGCAGGAUUAUCAGUGCAAAGGCCAACGACAUAGCAGUAAUCUGACCUGGCUGUAGCUAGCUGGUGGGACUCACUCUCUUUCUGGUGCAGCAGAUCUCUCUCACACACACACACACUUGUUGCUUCUUCUUUCUCUACCUCCACUGUCUGAUCAUUUCAUACUCCACAAUGACAUUUUGUGAUUAAUUAAGAUAGGUGUGAGAUUGGCUGAAGACCGAUACCCCCUCGCCUUAUUGCCCCCAUAACAUGUCUGGGAAAUACAGGUUCACCCUAUGCCCCACAAUACCCACUGUACAUACACACACACACACACACACACACACACACACACACACACACACACACACACACACACACACACACACACACACACACACACACACACACACACACACACACACACACACACACACACACACACACACACACACACACACACUUCAGGUUACAUGGCUGUUGACUGUCCAGCCAGUGUGCCUGAGGCCUGCCUGCCUGCCUGUCCUGUCUGAAUCCUUCUCAGCAUGGUUAAGUUCAGCCUCAGUGUUCACGCGCUCUAUGAACUAAAAAGAGACGUCUGGCUAAGCCCAGACUGACCAUGCUGCUCUUGCCUUCCUUUCCCCUGCCUCUGUACAGGUAAGGAGAGUGUUGGGUAAACGGACGUCAUAUCAAGAUACAUUAGGUUAUGAUGACAUUAUUAUAUUGACCAACAGUUUCUAUUUGACUGUACAAUUCAAAACAAGUACUUUCUUGUAGCACUUGAACUCUUGUUGAAAUGGACACUGAGAAUAGGCCUUGAUACUGAGAUGAUUACAGCUUACAGAUGAUUCCAAACCAUUUUUGUCUGCCAUUAUAAAUCAGCUUUAGAUGAUCAUCUUGUGUAAGUCUUGAUUAAACUUUUUCCUUUUAACCAUCUCA